AAAAAUGUUACACAUCAGAGGAGUGGGAAUACGAAUGGCUAGCACAUCAGCAGCCACGAGCGCCUCUGGCAAGAUAUUAGAUUCGAUAAUAAGGGUCGAUCAUGCUGGUGAACUGGGAGCGGAUAGAAUAUACGCCGGACAAAUGGCCGUAUUAGGCAAGACGACAGUCGGACCGACGAUACAACACAUGUGGGAUCAAGAGAAACGACAUCGCGCCAAGUUUGAGGAACUAAUUCGCAAAUAUCGAGUUAGACCCACCGUUCUUACUCCGUUGUGGAAUAUCGCCGGCUUUGCUCUGGGUGCCGGUACUGCUCUCAUGGGCGAGAGAGCCGCCAUGGCGUGCACCGUGGCGGUGGAGACCGUGAUCGUCGAGCAUUACAACGAUCAGUUACGCACGUUGAUGGAAAACAAGGACGGGAACGUAGAUGAGGAGAUACUCGAGACCAUCAAAAAGUUUCGCGAUGAGGAACAGGAGCAUCAUGAUACGGGCAUAGAUCACGGUGCCGAACAAGCGCCUUUCUACCAAGCUCUAACGAAUAUGAUAAAGUGUGGCUGUAAGGCGGCCAUAUCCAUUUCCAAGGUGAUAUGAAUGCGUUCCCCAUUAAAGAAUAUCGUAUUUGUAGAUAUUGUAAUUUAUAAUUAAGGUAAGAAUGUAAUAAAUUAUCAAAUUUUUUAUAGCA